AUGAGUUAUGAAAGUGCAAUGGAUGCACAGAGGUACAAACAAGAUAAGCUCAAUGCUGAAUCACUUCACACAAACCCACAAUAUAAAACACCAUUGCCGAUUGAAAAACAUGCCGGUGAAGUCUAUACUAGAAAAAAAAUUUUUCUUUUUCAAAAUGAAGUUUAUAAGUCUUGUUUCAAAACUUAUAUUCAAAAUAUUGGAAGGAUUGAAAGUGUGGAAAGUAUAACUGUUUUGGACUCAACGGUAAGUAAGAUGUACAAGGUGAAAUUUAUACUGGGAAGUUUGAUUGACGAGUUGAAGGUAGAUUGUGAUUGCAAGUUAUUUAAACGGAUAGGAAUAUUAUGUUCCCAUGCGAUUUGUGUUAUGAGUGCAAGACAAAUAACACAAAUACCAAAGCAAUAUGUUUUAGAUCGUUGGACGAAGCUAGCAUUAAAGAAGCCUAUUUUUGAUUUGCAUGGGAAUCUGAUUGAAGAGAGCAAAAAGUGUAACAACGUGGGGAAGUUGUUGGGGGAAGUUUGGUGUGAAAUAUUCAAUUGUGUAGGUUUAGCUCAACGGAGUGAGAGUGAUUUACAAUCACUUUUACAAAACCUAAAAGAUAUUAGUAGAAAAUUUGAGGAAAGUGAUGAUGUGAGGGUGGACAUUACUAAAGAGCAACAAAUCGAAUUAAAAAUUGAUGCUGAAGAACAGAUAGAUGAAGAGAUUAUAUUAAGAUGA